AUGCAGCUUAACUCUCAACAAUAUAUUGCUCUCAGCGUAGCCAAAGGAAUUGAGUACCUUCACAACGGAUGUGACCAACGAAUCCUUCAUUUUGAUAUCAAACCUCACAAUGUUCUUUUGGAUGAAAACUUCAAUCCAAAAAUCUCUGAUUUUGGUCUUUCCAAGUUGUGCGCCAACGAUCAAAGUGCAGUUUCCUUGACAACUGCUAGGGGCACCAUGGGUUACAUCGCACCUGAAGUCUUCUCUAGGAACUUCGGUAACGUGUCCUACAAGUCAGAUGUGUACAGUUUUGGAAUGUUGUUACUUGAAAUGGUUGGAGGCAGGAAAAAUGUUCAGGUCACAGACGCGAACAGCAGCCAAGUUUAUUUCCCCGAAUGGAUCUAUAAUCUUCUAGAUCAAGGAGAAGACAUCCGCAUCCACGUUGAGCAAGAGCCUGAUGCUAAAAUCGCGAAGAAACUCGCAAUUGUGGGGCUAUGGUGCAUCCAGUGGUACCCGGUAGAUCGUCCUUCCAUGAAAGCUGUAGUUCAAAUGUUGGAAGGAGAAGACAAUGUAAGAAUGCCUCCUAAUCCUUUCUCAUCGACUGCUUCAGCAAGAGACAGUGUUACAAUGCCUGCAAAACGCCCUCGCCAAGAGUUACCUGUAAUAUCCAAAUUAGAUUGA